GAUGUGAGUCAGAACUCAUUCGCGUUCGAAUCGCAUAGCAGCGAGACAAAAUCAUGUGGUAGCCUUGAAAGAACGGAUAGUGCCGUUCUGUUGUAUGAAAGAUUGCACGAAAUCACAAAAAAGCUUACUGACGACAAGUCAUCGAUGAAAGAUGAAAGCCAGCUGUCAAGUGCUUCGGAGGGAAGUACACAAGUUCAGGAUGAAUGGGUCAGCAUGGAUUUCAGCAAAUGUCAACCAUCACCUGAAAGCAGUUCAAUGAAGAGUCCGAACGAUUCCUCAGAUAUGAGCAAGCAAGAACGACCUAGCGACAUAAUUACAAUCGAUUCGCCCGAAUAUAUGGAAGGAAAAAGCAUUGACCGUGUGGUAUUGCCACCUCCGCCGCCAUAUUCAGAAGAACAGCCUGUCCAGAUAGCUUCAUUUGACUCGUGCCCGCAGGAACCGGGUCCGUCAACUCAUUUGUCUCACUCCUGGCACACUUCCUCGCGACCAAGCUGCUCAGACGACGAAUCGUCCAUCGAAUUCACUUCCACUGGCGUCGAAAUGGAAGAUGGGCCACCGCCCUAUGAUGAACCUGUAUAA